ACUCACACGGUGCAAACGCACAAUGUUCUUCGAAAGUUUCUUACUUAACUUUAGCGUGCUCGGCGUUCUCAUCGUCGCCCUAACAUUCGACUAUGUGACCAAAUACUUCAGUUACUGGUAUGUUCGACAUAUAUCUUACAAAACAGCAGUGCCUUUCUUCGGGAGUGACUAUCACCGAGUUCUUGGAUUAAGAAAUACCACCGAUGAAGUAAACAAACUCUACGCUAAACACCCCGAUGAAAGACUCUACGGUUGCAUCAAAAGCAGAAUCCCAGAUUUGAUCGUCAAAGAUCCGGAUGUAAUUGAGAAGAUGUUGUGUACGGAUUUUGCAAGUUUCCACUGCAGGGGCCUUGGCCUGGACAAAUCUCAGGAUGUUUGUUUACGAAACAAUUUGUUUUACGCGGAGGGAGAAAAAUGGACCGUAAUGCGCGAAGGAAUGGAGUCAUUGUUGAAAAGCAUGCCUUAUGAAAUUGAAGACAGUUUGCACGGCUAUUUGUCAGGAAUCAAUGGAGAUACUAACGUUCAACAGUUUCUAGCUGAUAUAUUGGAUGGAACGUUUGAGUACUUGCUCUUAAACAAAGAUUUUACGCGAAACGAGAAGAAAAUUAUACAGAGUUUUAGAUCCGCUGUUCAAAAACCUACCCUAGCAGAAAGGUUUAAGACCUAUUUAAAGAACGUUUUUCCGUCUCUGUAUUUAUUGUUCGGCCUGAGUACUUUUCCCGGAGAAACUGUAAACAAAUCCCUUGAGGUACUUGAAAAAUCAAAUUUAAUGAAGGAAGUCAAGAGGAUACGAUCCGAAUUUCAAUUGGACAUUAAAGAAAAACACAGCAAGCGCAAAAGAGACUCCGACAUUGAGUUAGCAGUUUCAAUUCUGGCCUCAUUUAUUACAGAGGGUUAUAUUCCGUGUCUAAAUGUGCUUACUGCUUUGUUUUACGAAUUAGCUAAAUAUCCUGCGGUUCAAAAAAAGAUCCGCCUUUGUAGAUCGGGUGAAGAUUGCGAAGUUUAUUUAGAUAAAGUCGUAAGUGAAACUUUAAGACUGCAUCCAGCGUACUCUAUCACAUCUAGAAAAUGUACAAAAAUGUACAAAUUCCCUGCAGAUCUUGUUAUUGACAGAGGUUUGACUGCUACUAUUCCUAUUGAGGCAUUGCAUCAAGAUAAAAGAUUUUACGAGAAACCUGAAGUCUUUAACCCAGAUCGUUUUGACGAAGGAAAGUUGAAGCACGCUUAUUCAUAUGUACCGUUUGGAGCUGGCCCUAGGAAAUGCGUUGGUGAGGGAUUGUCCAGACGCAUUAUUAGCAGCAUUUCUCGCCGCAUUCUAUUGAAGUAUCAAGUACGACCGUGCUCGAAGACUCCGCCGAGGCUUCCAAAAACUGACCUCGGCUUCGCUAGGGUUAUCGACAGAGAUAUCUGGCUUAACUUUACUCCUAUUGAUUAGCUUUAUUCU